AGUAUUCGGCUGUUCUUGGCUCAACAAUUAACCGGUUUGCAAUACUAAUUGUUGGUCAUCAUUCCGUUUUUGAAAAAUGGAUAAUUUUUUGUUGAUUUCUCUGAGUGUUUGUCUAGCAUUUGCGAUUAAUGGUGAGAUUUCAAAACUCCAUGGAGACCAAGAGACAGAUUCGGAUUUCAUCCAGGCUGCUUUGGAUGAUACCCCUGAUCUGGUGAAGUUUCUGCUUAAGGAAGGUGCUAAUAUCAAUGCUACAGACGAAGAUGGCAAAACGGCAUUAAUGAAGGCUUCUAAUAACGGGCGCUAUGAAACUGUGAAAUUUCUGAUUGACAACGAAGCUGAUGUCAAUGCAAAGGACACCAAUGGCAAAACCCCCUUAAUGUUUGCUGCUGCUUUCGAUAAUUCCAAGAUCGUAAGACUUCUGGUUGACAAUGGAGCCAAUAUCAAUGCAACGGACAAUAGUGGAUGGUCGACGUUAAUUUAUGCCGCUUAUGAUGGUCGUGACAGAGCAGUCCGCGCCCUUUUGCGGAAAGGUGCAGACGCUGACUACGCUUUAAAGUAUGCGACUGAACAUUUGCAUUCUAUCAUUGACUAUUACAAUGAACGCAGCACGAGUGGCGUGGGUGGGUAUCAAAAAUCCGUGGACACAAUCAACGAAAACAACACGUUUUUGCGACGCCUUCAAAGUUACGUCGAAUGAUUAUAAAUUUCAUGUAAAGAACAUAAAACGUUUACUUGCGGAUCGAGUAAUGUAGACGCAAUCAAUAAAUCUUGAAACUAAACUGCA